AACGGCACUACAAAAGGAUAGCCAACGCUCGACGUGGCUCCUAGUAAACUUUGUGAUCAGAACUGCUCAAGUAUCGGAGAGAUGGCCUCAGAAAAUGAAAAGCUGACUGGGAACUAUGUUUCUGACGAUAAUAACUACACAAACACCUAUGACGUUUACCGAAGGGGACUUUUGCAGCAGCAGAAGGUCUGGGUAAACGAACAAGUAGUCCCUCUGUUAGUUGAACGCCAUGGAGGGCCUGAUGCAGAAAUUACAGUUUUGUCAGUAGGUUCUGGGGAGGGGGACAUAGAUAUCAUACUCCUGAACGUUUUAAUUGAAGAGUUCGAGAAGAAGGGCAUAGAUAAUUACUCGCUUCAGUAUACAGUAGUGGAAAGGAACCCUGUUUUUGUGGAGCGGUUUCGCAAAACCGUGGAACAGAAAGGUGAUGUAUUCGCAAAAAUAAAGUUUACAUUCAUGGUGUCCACAUUGGAAGAGUGUGCAAGGACAAUCUUUGGAAAGAAAUUCGAUUUCAUUCAUAUAAUUCAUACCCUUUAUUACAUGGAUGCAGAAAAACUGAUGAGACUGUGUGUUGAUAAACAUUUGAAUAAAAGGGGUAUUUUAUUAGCUGUUGUCCAGUCUGAGGAAAGUCUUUAUGCAAAGAACUGGCGGUUGUUUUCACAAAAAUUCAAGCACUCCGUCGGGGAUUUCAAUUUGCUUUGUGAGAAAGAAAUGAAAGAAAUUGCUGAAAAGAUCGGUCUAAAGUUUUCGAUUCUUAAAGGCAAACGGGUGAUUGAUGUUACAGAUAUUGCUUCAGGUGAUGUCCCCAACGCAGCUGGUUACAAAUUGCUCGACUUCUUUUUCCAUUCAAAAAACCUAAGAGAAAUUUUGCAGGGGGACGAGCUACGGGAAAUCGUUGAAUUCUUCAAGGCCAAUACGAGUGUUGUUGAUGGGAGGAAUAUUGCACUUGCGGAUGAAACGCUUUUGUUCUUAUAUAAUUAAAAACAGCUUCUUUGUAUAGCACCUACCUUGAGGAAUGAAAUCACUGGCAUUGUGCGACUAAUCAAUAAAGCUAAGUUUUAUUUAUGAGAACAAUAAAGCUAAGCUUUAUUUAUGAGAACAAUUAAGCUAAUGAAAUUAA